AUGAAUGCCCAGGUCUCGUUUCUCGAUGGCCACUACACCCUUAUUCACAUCCCCCUCGACCUGUACUCGGUACUCCUGCAGCCCAUUCUCCGCGUCCUUCUCCCGCAGACCCAGACCCUCAAGGCGUCAAAAGGAGAGCCGGAACAUGAAUUAGAAGGGCUCAACGCCGAGAGCCAACAUGGCUUCCUCAACAUUAGCGUCACCCCCAUGGAGUGCUCCAUCGUCUGCCACAGCUCCUGGGCCAAGAACGUUUUUGAGCCGGCCAUCCAGGAUCUCCCAAAAGACUUGGCCAAGUCCGUAUCAAUAUCCAAAGACACUUACCUCGUACUCUCCGUCAUCAGCGCCGGCAUGGAUGCCGCCGGCCGUGUCAUGGAACUGACCUCUCCCCUCGCUCUCGCCGGGAUUCCCAUCUUCUUCAUCACCACCUAUUACUCCGACUUCAUCCUCGUCCCCAGCAAGGAUAGGCAGACGGUUGUAAAGGCCCUUCUCGCCCGCGGCUUCGAACUCGCCGACAACGACUCCAACUUUGUCAGCCCCGCCGCCUCGAUACACUCCCGCGGACCGAGCCAGACCAACGGCAGCAACGGCGCCGGGGCCCCGCCGCUGACCCCGCCACCCUCCACCAUCGCCGAGCUGCAGGUCCGCACCUUUGACCUGCUCAAGAAGCGCAGCGUCGCCCCCUACGUCGAGGACAACCUCCUCCUGGUCCAGUGCUCCGGCCGCGAAACCUCCCAGCUCGGCGGCGAGCUCUCCCACACCCAGCGGCCCUCGCUCAGCCGCCAGGUGACCGGCAACAGCCACCGACAAACCUGGCUCGACAACAUCGACGCGAAGCUCUACACGGCCAUGAUCUCCGCCCUGGCUGCGCGCCCGCGCUUUCUCUCCAUCACCCUCGCCCAGGAGGACCCGCCUUCCUUGCUGCUCGACAAGUCGCUGCUCGGCCUCUUUGGCGACUCCCUCGUCGGCGACACCAAGACGAACCUGACGCCCAUCUUCUUGGACCUCGAGAGCCUGCCGUUCGAGGCUACGGGCAUCGUAUGCGGCGUGGCGGGGACCCUGGUGCAGGAUAUGCGCACGGGAGACAGCGCGGGGCUGUCGUACCUCUCCACCGCCCGGGCCGGGGCCGUCAUUCUCGAUUGCGAGCAGUCGAUUCUCGCGCUCGAGAUCCUCAAGCCCAAGCUCUUCAAGGCCUGA